UCUUCCGCUUCCUCGUCUCCAUGGAUUCAGCUUCGAACGCAGAGGCUUGAUUCCAAGCUUCGCUCCGGGGUUUUGAAUUAUGUCUAUCGAGAAGGUGUGGGUUUGGUGCUGCGAUGGAGCCUCUGCAAUCAUCUUCACCGUUUUUUAUGCAGUCUCCGUCUUCUUCUUAGCUAUCGUCGGAAGUACAUUGGGAGCAUUCGUGGGAGUUCUGAUCGGCGUGAAAAGCCAGAACAACCUCUUCUCCAGCGUGGUGAAUGGAGCAAUUGCAGGCAGCAUGUUCUUGACUUAUGCCUUCAGAAUGUCCAUUUCUUUCUGGCUGUCUGAUGAAUGUUUGCUCAGCAACAUUCUUCAGUGGAUUGACUCGACAACAGAACUUGAUGAUGGAGAGCUAGUUCAACAGUUGUCGAAUAGUCUAACCCCCUCGAGAUUAGAGCAAACUCCGGCACAUCCCGAAAAUACAAUCAAUGAAAUCAUGGUAGAUCACGCCAAAGAAUCGAAGCAUUCGUUUGACAGGAUUCGUAGUAUCGAUAUAACGGAGGACCACCUAAUGGAUUCUUCAGGAAAUAUAAAUUCCUGCUCGAUAUGCCUUCAGGACUUUGAAUGCGAAGAUGUGGCCUGGAGAUUGCCUAACUGUUGCCACUUGUUUCAUUUGCAUUGCAUUGACAAGUGGAUUUCCACGCAAAGAUCUUGCCCUUUAUGUAGAAGUCCCAUAGUUCAAGUGAAUUAAUCAAACUAUGCAGGUAAGAGUAAUUGUGGCCCAUAUAAUAUUAUUAGUUAAUGAUUUAAUGAUUAUUUCAAUGCUAAAAAAACUUAUUUGCUAUGAGAAGGUGCAACUCUUAAAAAAAAUGUAAAGCAAUUAUUAAAGGCACCUACUGAUAGUCUAUAUAAAAAGUUUGGUCCUUUCUCCACCAUAGAUAACAAAGUUGUAUUAUAUCCUCCAUUAGAUAAAAUACAUUAAGAUUAAAGUGGGUUAAAGGAGAAAAUUCAGAUUUCUUCAUUUCUCCUUUUUCUACAAUAAUCUUUUUCUCAAAGUUAUUGCUAUGGAAAAAUGUAUA